UUAAAAUGUCGACAAACGUUCAGUUCGCGAAUCCACCCCCGCCGACGGGGAUAAGUUUGCCUAACAUGUCGGUGCCACCACCGACGGCUCCAAAUUUAUCAGCACCACCGCCAAAUUUGACGACGAUAAACACUGCGCCUGGAGGAUUCCAGUCUCAGCAACAGCAGCAGCAACAGCAGAGGUUUCUCAAUCACCGGGACAACACUCGGGGAUUUUUCAAGCCCUUUCGACCUUAUCAUGCCCCGAAGAUUGUUUCAGGGAGUCAAGAUGCCCUGCAAGAUGAAUUUGAUGGCAAGAGAUUGAGAAAGUCGGUCAUGAGGAAGACAGUGGAUUAUAAUUCUGCUAUAAUUAAGACUCUGGAGAAUCGUAUAUGGCAACGAGACUUCCGUGACAGACGACCUCUUCAGCCGGACGUAAUGUAUUACCCGGACCUUUUACCACCUCCGAGUUACGUUGACAAUCCAAUCAACGCCGUAACCACGAGGUUCGUCAAAACUGCGACAAACAAAAUGCGUUGUCCUAUUUUUUGUAUGGCCUGGACUCCAGAAGGUCGACGACUGGUCACUGGAGCUUCAAGCGGUGAAUUUACCCUCUGGAAUGGUCUUACCUUUAAUUUCGAAACAAUUCUUCAGGCACACGACAGCCCAGUUAGGACGAUGGUUUGGUCACACAACGAAAGCUGGAUGGUGACCGGGGACCACUCGGGAUACGUCAAAUAUUGGCAGAGCAACAUGAACAACGUCAAGAUGUUUCAAGCCCAUAAAGAGGCGAUCAGAGGACUCAGGUAUAUCAUCAUCCACCACUCUAGCCCUUUCGUUUCUCGUGACACUAUGCUAUUUAUUCGAACUACUAUUGUCUUCGUGUACUGCUGGAGUGCUCCAAGUCAAAUGGACUUUCUUUUCAGUCCAACGGAUCACAAAUUGGCGACUUGCAGUGACGAUGGCUCUGUCAGAAUUUGGGACUUUCUACGCUGUUAUGAGGAGAGAACUCUUAAAGGUCACGGUUCUGAUGUAAAAUGUGUCCAUUGGCAUCCCCAAAAAAGUCUAGUCGUCUCUGGAAGCAAAGACAACCAGCAACCAAUAAAAUUAUGGGAUCCAAGAACUGGCCAAGGGCUGGUGACGUUGCACGCUCACAAGAGUACAGUUAUGGAUAUUAAAUGGAACGACAACGGAAAUUGGUUGGUGACAGCGUCGAGGGAUCACUUGUUGAAGCUUUUUGAUCUGAGGAAUUUGGGUCAAGAAGUUCAAACGUUUCGUGGUCACAAAAAAGAAGCUUCGAGUGUCGCUUGGCACCCGAGCCAUGAAGGUCUUUUCUGUAGUGGAGGUAGCGAUGGUGCUAUUCUCUUUUGGCACGUUGGAGCUGACAAAGAAGUGGGUGCGAUUGAGCAAGCUCACGACAGUAUCGUCUGGACAUUAGCCUGGCACCCACUAGGGCAUAUUCUCUGCUCCGGUAGCAACGACCACACUUCGAAAUUUUGGACUCGGAAUCGUCCAGGAGAUCUCAUGAGAGAUAAAUACAAUCUUAAUACCCUGCCUGCUGGAGCAGCUGGCAUUGACGAUCAUGAAAUUGCUGACGAAGCUGCAGUGAUACCUGGAAUGGGUCCUGAGGACAAAAUAAACGAGUUUGACCUUGAACAGUCGAUGGAAGAAGACACUUCCCAAGGAAUACCUGGGUUGGACCUCGAUCACGCGGCAGAAGAAAGUAAAAAACUCGCAGCGAGUAAGAAAGUACCGUACAGCAAGCCUAUUCCCCGGAACUUCCAAGCACAGUGGAAUGAAAUGGAAGCUGAGGAUCCAGAGCAAGUGGAAGCGUUGAAUGCUAUUGUCAAUCAGUUGAUUGAAACUACACCAGGAGCAGUGCCUUUAAAUGAAGUCGCUCCUAAUGCUAUUAUUUUAUACGGAAAAAUAAUUCCUGUUGAACCUGGGUCAAAACUUUCCGAAGCGAUUGUAAAGGGCAACGACGCGAUAAAUAAACUAAUAACUGCGGGUGAAAUAGAAGAACUGAGAGAUGUCGCAAUAAACUUGCCAGAAGAACCAGAAAUAGAGGAAGACUAUUUGCAAGAUGAAGGCGAAAUAGACUACACUAAAGUUCCAAAUGUAGAUUUACCACCGCCACUGCCUAGUUCAAAGUUUGCUCAAAAUCCAGAAUUAUUAAAAGCGCUAAACUACGGAGGGAAGCGCAAGUUUGAUCAGUUGAUCGCGUGGACUGAAGCGAAUCCAACUGAGCGAGGAAAUAAAAUGCACCAACCGGUGUUUGGAGCCGGUGGAAUGUCCGAUGAUUCAUUGUCGAAUAACGACAGUGAUCUAAGGAUAAUGCCCGGUAUGAAGAACCCUCAAGAUAGUUACUUCGCAAAUCAAGAUGAGGAUCUUAGGAGAAUCAAUAGUGUAGAUAACCGGGGAGGAAUGGGUCGGGAUGAGGACAUGAGGAUGAAUGUCGCUUCAGCGAGUGGCCCGGGAAGGCCACCGGGUAUGAUGAUGAAUGAAUUCGACAUGCGCAAUUCAUUUGACAUGAGGAAUUCGUACGGUGACAGGGACUUUAGGCAUUUAGGACCUCCUCCAAUUAUCGGUGGGUUUAAAAAGUCCUCCAUGGAUGCCAAUGACAAUUUUGGAAGUGGAGAUAUGGAUCGUGAUGGACGACAACGGUCCUGGGACGACGACAAAGGAAUGAACAGCAACGACAGCGGGCGUUCUAACUUCGAUAAGCGCGAUAUGUCUUCAAACAUGCAGAACAACAGCAUGCAAAUACCAAUGGGAAAUAUGCCUUCAGGAAACAUGGGAUCAAACCACCACAACAUGCAGAAUAUCAGCCCGAACAUGCCUCCGUCGAUGAUGUCAAUGAUGCCUCCGCAUCACCAGCAGCACCAUCAGAUGAAUCAUCUUCCUAAUAUACAAAAUAAAAAUAAUUCCAACAUGAUGGGAGGCAAUGACAACAGCGGCCCGAUGCCGCCUCACAUGAUGCACAUGUCCAACUUUGGACCCAAUGGACCUCCACCGAUGCCUCCCAACUUCGGGCCUAACUUCCGACCGCCCAAUGGGAACUACGGACCCAAUCCACCCUACAGACCCAAUCCCAUGGCUCCUUUUGCUCCUAGUCAAAAUAUGCCUUUUAAUAACAAUUUCCCUCCGCCGAAUUUCCGCGGUCCCAAUCCUGGGAACAAUCAAAUGUCCAACUUUGACCGUCCGCCCGGCUUCGGACCGAAUUUCCGCAUGUCGGGAAACCAAUCUGGACCACACGGCUCCGGCGGGGGUAAUUUUAACUCGGGGUAUGGGAAAAAUUAUAAUAACAGCGGAGGUGGUGGGGGUAACAUGGGCAGUAGCGGAAGCGGUAAUAAUUCUGGAAACAAAAAUGGACCCUAUCGUGGUCAGCGAUAUAAGAAUAACAAUAAUAAGAAUAAUAAUAAUAAUAAUGUA